CUCUCUCUCAGUACUCUCUCUUUAAUUUCUCUAGGGUGAAAAUGGUGCUCAUUUCUGAGAACAUCACUGAAAAUGACAUGGCUGCGGCGCAAACCCUUGUGCCAUUGGCCACAGAAAGUCGGGAGGAUUGUGACUUGGAAAGGGGGCAACAGGAUUUCAUCACGUCUGACAGAAAAAUGGAUGGGGUCAAGAUGUCACCCACCAAUGAGAAUAAGUCUCAAAACUCCACUGAGCUGGAGAACAUCACGACCGGAUGGGAGAUACAGCCCUAUGUUGAAAAUCCAAUUAUGAAGCAUUUUUGUCGACAGAGCAUCAAUGUUGAACUGAUUUCCAAAGUCCUUAAACACCUGGUUACUCAAUCAACAUCACAGUUGAAACAAGUGUCGGCUUGGGAAACAAAACUUGGGACAACCAAUGUAGUAGGAGAAAUCUCAGUUUCCUUCAAACUUCCUGAAUAUUGUGCUAUUGACAUUGCAGAGGUGGACAAGAUAAUUAGGCGACCAAUGCCCCAAGAUGGGGACCUUAACAACGUCAAUACCCAGAAUGUCCCUCAAUUUUCUUUUGCUCAGAGGCUAAACGGAUGGAAUAUUGAGCGCCGACAACGCAGCAACGGAAAGUCAUGCGACAUGUAUUAUCGUCAUGAAAGCUCACACAGAACAUUCCGGUCAACCGUUGAGGUUGUCAAUUUUCUGCUCUAUGAGGCUUAUCCACCAAAGCAACAGAGGGCAAAUAAGAGCAAAUCGGAGGGAGAUUAUUUGGAACAAAGAUCUCAACAUGGAAGAGGACUGCUGAAGAGGAAGAUGGCAUCUCCAAUUUCUGGUGGAAGUAGCAGUAAAUCAAAGGAGAAGAUGUACGUGUUAUCUGAUGUUUGUGAAGAAUACACGAAUGCAACAGUGGAGGAACUUUUAGCUGCUGCAUAUUUGAACAUUCUCAAUUCUUCUUCAAACAGUAGCAUGCAAGGUGGUAGUGAACCAGAGUUCUCAUCUGACUAUGUGGAUCCAAAACAAGCACGCGAAAUGGUUGAGGAAUUUUUGGACACAUCAUAUAACAAUCUUCUUAAUCACUUCAACGAGAAAGAAAAUGCGCCACAAGAAAAUAAGAAGGGGAAAGUGGAUGAGCAGAAAGACAAAGGGCAAAGUGGUGUAAACCCUAUACAAGAGCAAGCAAAUGUUGCAGAAGUGCAAACUAAUGUAGAAGAAGUUGAAGACAAUCCUACUGAAGUGGAAGCCAAUGCAGGUGCAUUCUCAAGUUCUCCUUCUGCCUAUACUGAACAAUGUGAUCUGAUCAACCAUAUUCCACAUGUUUCAGAGUGUGAGCUUGCAUUUUUACUGGGUAAUAAUUAAUGGGCAAAGCAGUGGGGAUAUCUUUUAGAGUGCACAAGUUAGAAUUUUCUGAUAUGGGGAAAAUCUUGCUUUGUUAAUUUGAGUAGAAAUAUGUAAUGGGAUGUAAUGUGAAGAAAGAAAAUAGCAGAAGCGAAGAGAGAAAGAGACUGAUGAAAUGUUAGUGCUACAUUUUGACUGUAUUGAAGUAUGUAAUAAAUUGUAUUUCAAUGUGAUAUUUAU